GUGCAGUGAAGUGAAGUGAAGGACUCUGACUCUUUUCGAUUUAGCUCCAGCACGCUGUACGCACUUUCCUUCUCUUUCUUCCUGUAACCAAACCACUGCAGCUUUCCUCCUACCUUCAUCUUCAGACGACCAAAGAUGACAACUCAUCAGCCUCCGUUUCUCACCACCCGCGCCGACGGCUCACUGGCCUACCAAGCCACAGCGCCUGGUAACCUGCGCAAGCUUUUCGAGACCGUUCGACAAACCCCAGAGCUGGCACUCGAGAUCAAACAGUUGGCACUGGGCGAACCUUUCGAUGGUCAGCAGGACUCUGAGCUGCUUGACUUCGUUCUCGAGUACAGCACCACAGCCUACAUCGAGGCAACCACUGCAGAUGACUGCGAGUCAGCUUCUGACGGUUGUGAGGAUGACUGGGAGGAACCCCUCGACACGAUCGACGACUUCGAGAAUGACGAGCAGGAGCAGAUUGGCACUGCCAACGACGACCACAUUGUCACGACUGCCCCGUCCGUCACCGCCGACUACCCGGUUCCCCUGGCAGGCACACUUCCUACGGUCCCAGAGCUUUCAGAAUCCUUCAACAUAGUUGUGGACAUCGACGAGAAGCACGAGAAGGACUCGGUGACGACCAACUCUUCCACUCAGCCCUCUCCAGCUGAGAUAUUGCAAACAGCCAUGGACGACUUCAUGGCCCUCGCAGCUCUAACGGGCAUUGACCAUCCCAUCCCAAACCAGUUCUACCUCAAACUGCUGUUUGCUAUGCUGUCAGCUUGCUCCAAUGCCGAAGUCAUGAAGAUUCCUGAGGGCUGGGCCCGAGGUGCCAACAAGGACGUCUUUCAAGAUUUGCAGUUCGUGGUCGAGACUUACUGA